UGACAUCUGAUGAUAUCAUUGAUAAACAUUUUUUCAUCAAACUUGCAAAUGAAAAAGUGGAUUUGUAUUCAUUUGUGUUAGAAGAUCUUGAAGCAAAUAAGAUUAUUAAUAAUAUCAAUGCUUGUGGUCGUAUUAUAACACCUUUAAAGAUAAAAGACAGAACAGAUG